AUGUCUCAGCCCAUCUCAGCAUCAGACCGUUCAAGACCAUACGCUAGUAAUAAGGUACUCCCUGAUCCACAACAACAUGACGACGAUACCGUACUGAUUUCAACAACGCCAGGUGCGGAGAGGGAAAUCCAUCAACGCAGUCAUGAUGAUGACUAUUUAUUUACGAAAGCAACAUCGACUCGGGUGAAACCGAUUUCAUCCGCAACAACAAGUCGAGAAAAUUCCCGUGUGGGAUGGCUUGCCAAGUCCUUGACCCAAAAACUUGUGAAAGGAUUAGGCUCAACAACAAGUGUAAACACCGUUCAUGAAUUAAUUGACGACUUUACCAUUGAAAAUGAUUUUGUGGCAAGGUCCAAGACUUUCAGUGGUAGUAUAGUCUCAUCAUCCACAUCCAAUUUUGAAGAAUUAAGCAACAACAAUUCAAUAUGCAUACAUUGCAGCUUUAGGUGUUUACUUGUUUCUACCAUGCUGAUAAUGAUCAUCGUUCCCAUCAUAACUUUGGUGUUACUAUCAAUCGGAUUUUCAUUGCUCGCAGCCAAUGACGUAAAGAUGCAGGUCAUUACCCAGAGCUUUAGGCGAGCAGAGAGCUAUAUUUCUGAUUUUUUGUGGGUUUGCAUGGAAGCCACCUAUGCACAAAAGAAUGCCAUCUAUAAAAUGUAUUUCAUGAACGAGAGUGGUAUUAAUAUUAACAACGACAAUAGUAAUAUUUAUAGCCCUCAAGGGGUGGAGAACUUGCAGAAGAUUCUGGCUGUUAGCCAUAAGCAAUAUAUUGGAAAGAUUUAUCUUGUGGAUUUCACUCGUUCUACUGGAGAUUACAUUUACGUUGACACAGGUUACCAAGUGAUGGAGCCUAUUGAAAAUGAAACCGAGACGAUGUUUGAACCACGACAGGAGGUUUUUCAAAUGCUGCAACCUGAUAAUGAAACGUCCUUGUCGUCUACGUUCUAUUUUACACAACUUGGAAAGAGGAGAACGGUUGUUUGGGAAGAACCAACCUCAAAGUGGGAUCCUAGAGACUACGAAUUCUAUGCUCUUUCUCAAGUAUAUGAUGAAGCUUUGGUUCCUUUAGAUGUUCAAUGGCAAGGAGAAACAAUUGAACAAAGAGUGUACACUUGUUUUCAAGCUAAUAUUUAUUCUCCAUAUGACUCACAAUUCGUUGGCGUCACAAGCAUUAACGUGAAUAUUGAAUAUUUAGCAAACUUUGUAAGAUCCUUUUACGUCUCACCCAGGUCGUUUGUCGCAAUUAUUGAAAUGUUUAGUCGUGAAGAUGGUAUUCACAAAAGAGUAGUGGGAUUUAAAAAUGCUUCUUCCAUUGCCAUAUAUGAUUCAAGCUUGGAAUUCGAAUACAGAAUUGCUGAAGCGUCAGAAAUUGCAGAUCCAUUGUUGAAAUAUGUUGUAAUUAAUGUGUUGCCUUCAAACAUAUCAGGCUAUGCUUCUUAUCAUGAUGUCUCCUACUCGGACGCACAUAUCCAAACAUUCGUUUUUGAAGGAGAGAAUUAUAUAGUAUCUCAUGGAGUUGCUAAUGGAACAGCUGCCCUUAAUACUCAAUGGCUAGUUGCGGUUGUAGCUCCUGAAACGGAUUUUACUAGUAACGUUUCUAUGUUAGCAGGUAUUAACGUGGGUGUCUCAAUAUUGUGUCUCAUUGCAAGUUUAUUUUUCAGUUUUAUAUUUUCUAGAGCUGUUUCAAAACCACUUACAUACUUCUCCAGUGAAAGCAAAGCAAUUUCUAAUUUAGAGAUUAAUAAGGGAAAGCCGUUUCAUUCGAGCAUCAAAGAACUUUUAGAGCUGUCUACUGCUUUUGAAAACAUGAAGAUGGCGUUAAGAUGCUUUAAAAAGUUUGUUCCAAGCGAAUUGGUUAGAGAUAUGCUGCAAAAAGGGAAUGAAAUCAGCUUGGGUGGAAAAUUAGUGAACAAUUUAACAAUAUUUUUUUCUGAUAUCGAAAACUUUACUACCUGGAGUGAGGAGUUGGAACCACAGAUUCUAAUCAAGCAACUAACAGAGUAUUUUCAUGUUUUUACAGAAGAAAUAAUUUUUGAAAAAGGAACGUUAGAUAAAUAUAUUGGAGAUUCUGUGAUGAGCUUUUGGGGUGCUCCUCAACCUUCAACUAUCUCAGGAAUUAGAGCAUGUAAGGCCGCAUUAAGAUGCCAAGUGAGGAUGGCCGAGUUGCGUAAAAAAUGGGCGAAAGAGAGGAAACCGUUACUGAGAUGUAGAAUUGGAAUACAUAGCGGGUCUUGUAUUGUUGGAAAUUUUGGAUCAAGGUGGAGACUCAACUAUACAAUAAUAGGUGACAGUGUAAAUCUUGCUUCGAGAUUAGAAGGUACCAACAAAUUUUAUAACACGCAAAUUAUUGUUUCUGAAGAUACAUACCUGAGGCCUUAUGUUGCUGAGCAAUUGGAGUUUAGAAAAAUUGAUAAAAUUAGUGUAAAAGGGAAAUCCAUAGGUUGCAUUAUUUAUGAGCUUCUUGGAAGGAAGAAAGAACUGCCACCUAUUGCAACGAUAUUGAGCGAAGAAUCUGCCGAAAUUACAAGAGAUCAAAGACCCCUACCUUUGGCAGAUGAAGAGUUAUUGCAAAUGCGCCCAUUUUAUGAUGAAGCCUUGAAUCACUAUUUCAACGGCAACUUUGUUGAUGCUGCUUUGCAGUUUGAUGAGUUAUGGCGGCGCAUCCGACGUUGA